AUGUCGAACUGCCAGGAAUAUCUCCGCACGAUCGCCUCCUCCAUCAAACCCGACGACCUCCUCGCGCUGCCCACGCCCACCUUCAUAACCGUCAUCGGCUGCGGGCGCCCUGAACUCAUCCCCAUGUACACCGAGACCACCGGCUGCCCCUUCCCCAUCUACGCCGACCCCACGCGCAAACUCUACGACCAUCUCGGCAUGACACGCACCUUCAAUCUAGGCAGCAAGCCUGAAUACAUGCAGACCCAUGUCCUCAUAAACUCCGUCCAAUCCAUCUUCCAGUCUCUCGGCACUGGUCGCAAAGCGCUCAAAGGCGGGGAUUUCAAGCAGGUCGGCGGAGAGUUCCUGUUCGAGAACGGCGAGUGUACGUGGGCGCACCGGAUGAAGACUACACGGGGACAUGCGGAGCUGUCAGAGCUGAGAAGACUGAUCGGGCUGGAUGACGCGAGGCCGCCUGUGAGAAGGAAGUGGAGUCAUGAUGUCAAAGAGGACAGCAAGGGCAAGGAGAGGAAGAGGGCCAUGAGCUGGGGCAGGCUGCGAAGCAAGAGUAAGGGCGGGAAGGACUUCUCGAGGGAUGCGAGCAAGGGGUCGACGCCGGAGAGGAUAAUAGAGGAGGAAGAGCCGCGGAAGAUGGUGGGCAGUCCUACGAUAUGA